GAACGUUGCGCCUAAACGUUUUAAGAGCUACGUCGUGAUUGGUGGAGGGAGGAAUAAAGAGGCUGCUGAUUGGCUGAGAGUCGUCCCCGCGCUUUGCCUGCUAGCAGACGUCAUCACGGCCGAGGAAAGUAACAUUGAGGUGGACGAUAUACAUACAAGAAGGGGUCCCACUGCCUCUACGCAAGACUGACCAUUCCCUCCCACUCCCCAUGAGGUUACCCUGCGGCAGAGAACAACAACAGGAUCCACCGAACCUUCACCACCAAAACCACCAGCUCCGCCAUCAUCCGACCUCCCUCCUCCUCCACCUCUGUCACCCACCACCACCACCACUGCUACCACACCAUGAAAGAGGAGAUCUCGGCAGCCGUUCUCUUCCUGUCCAAACUGGUCAGCGGGAAUGCCAACCUGUCCGAGGAGAUGGUGGCCAAGUUUGAGCAUCGUCUGAGUGAGCUGCUUCAGGAGCGUUUUAGCAAUCACUGGCACCCAGAGCGGCCGUGGCAGGGCCAGGGGUACCGCUGCCUCAGAGUGAAUGAGGUCACCCGCAAGGAGCCGACCAUCGAGCGAGCGGCACAGGACUGCGGGCUCAAGUACAAGGACCUCAACCUGCCUGUGGAGUUGACCAUCUGGGUGGACCCGGAGGAGGUGUGCUGCCGCUUCGGGGAGCAGAAGGGCUCCUGCUGCACCGUGGCCACGUUCAGGGAUGGUAACAAGGAGAACUACAUCGAGAGGUUUGACUUCUCGCAGAUCAAGCGCCCCAACUCCACGCCGUCUGUGCUGUCGAAAGACUCGGAGGUGUUGAAGGAGAGGAAGAUGAAUGUCAAUGGCAUGGCGCCCCACCCCACCAGCAGCAGCAGCCCCCCUUCCAGCACCCAGUCCACGCCCACCAAAAAACCCUUCAUGCCCAGCUACGGGGCUUACAGCGGGAGGAACCAGAGCUCUCCCACGCGGGGCAGCAGCGGCGUGGGGGGCAGCAUGAGGGACAGGCGGCCGUUUGGGAGCUACCACAACCACUACAGCUCCGGGCCGCUCAACCACCGCACCAGCACGCACCUCCAGAACGGAUCGUUCUCACCCCCUUUCUACAAAACGCAGUCCUGGGUUAACCUAAGUCAGACCCCACCGCCCCCACCCCCCCCAACUCAGGCUCACCUCCCCCUGCUAAGCUCCGCUGGGUUUAUUUACUCCCCAACAGCCCCGCCACACUACUCGCACUCACAGAUGCCUCCCCAGUUCACGCGCUCCCCCCCAACCAUGGCCCCACAGAAGUUCAAGUGGAAUGCGAACAGCUAUCCACGUAACGAUCGCCAUCAGUGGUUCGGACACCGGGCCUUGGCUCGGGUGUAGGGCCAUGGGCAAGGCUAGGGGGCUGUCGGACACACACGUCGGCGCCAGGCAGGCAGAGUGAGGGUUUGAGUUAUCAUGUGGACGUCACACUGACUUGGUAAACAUACCCCCCCCCGAUGUGAUAGCUAUAGCAUUAUGUGUACUCUCGGCUUUGGUUUGUAGAAUUCUCCUCCUCAUCCUCCCCCGCUUUCUACACUCGGUAGAAUCCGAUCUCACUAGAGUUAACUUUUUUUUCCUGUGUUUUUGUUAGUGACGGUUAAAAUGACGCCCCGCGGUAGAUCGUUUGGUGCCUGGCGUCGUGUGUGAGCGUGUGUGCGUUUGUGUGCGUGUACGUGUGUGCCUGGUGGCUCCCUAGCGCCUGGCACUGGCUCCCUGCAGGGCCUCAGGGGGGUAGGGUAGGGAGGCACCUUGAGUAAGUUCAAGAUAGAAACCUCUUAACUUAAAAGAUAUAUAAAGUAACUAUGUAUAAUGUUUGUUAUUUAUUCUUAGUGAAGUUUACUCAAGUUACAAUUAGUUUUCCUCUGAUAAGGUACAAAGACUUCAAUAUCACUUAGGCUGUAAGUGAGUCCUGCUCCUUGCAACAGAUUCUCCGAGGCAGAGGCUGAGGAAGGGGCAGCGUCGGAAGUCCUCUCCGGCGCUGACAGAUUAUCGUACUCGCCGCAUUGCAUUUUCGCAGUUUCUGAUUGACAACCAUAGCAAAAACAAGCAAACAAACAUCACUACCGAGCAGUCUUAACGCUAACUCUAACUUUCUAUCGUUAUUUGUGUUGGUACGAGAGUUUGUGGCUUGAAAACGUUGGAUACAAUGUCCGGUACGAUGAUUUGGCAGUGUUGGUCGCCUCCCUCGCUGCCCCUUAGUAAAAUUCACAAGUUAACAAGCCCCUGUACAGAAGGUUACGUUUUGAAACUGCUCGGGUGUGCCCACUCAUCUGUGAUUCCAUCGUCAACCGACCCUUCUCUAGAGUUCAAAGGAUUACGAGUUAGGAAAAGAAUCACGUCUGAUCAUAGCUUCUUCGGUUAGUUUGACCUUUUUUUUUGCAGAGCAGAUAUUUAAAGUUUUUAGGAAGUUUUACAUACUCUAUAGACAUAUAUAUGAAGUUUUGAUGAGUUUACAAAAAUAAUUAUAAUAAUGACAGUUUGUUUAGAAGCACUUAUACCUCAGUAAGAAUGGACCAGUAUUUAUGGUAAUUGCUGUAACCUUUUUUUGUAGUGCUUGACCAGUGUUAG